UUUCUAACUCAUCAUAACACAGUACACUGCACAAAACAGCUCUAAAAGCUCUAAAACACACAACAAACUCAGGAACUAGAAACGAUGUCGUGUUCCGUUGCCGUCUCCAAUUCUCCCGUGUUCUCUCCGUCGUCGUCUCUCUUCUGCAACAAUAAAAGUCCCAUACUGAAAUCUCAAUCGCCGGCAGAUACUAUAACCCUAACGCUUAACCAUCUAAAACCAUCGCAGUCUCCAUCGUCUUCUUCUUCUCCAUCCUCUCCUUGCUCUCCUUUGCGUUUACGCCUCCAGAAGCCUCCCACUGCACUUGCUUCUUCGUCUUUAGCUUCUACUUCUGGUUCAUCGGCGUCCACCGCGGCGGUCUUAAAGAGAAAGAGACCUGCGAGGCUUCAUAUUCCGAUUAUGGAGGUUUUUGGAGGUCCAAUUACAUCGGCAGCUGCUGAGAAAGCGGAGAUAGAGAUAGAAGGCGAUGGAUAUUCAGUGUAUUGUAAAAGAGGGAGGAGAGAGGUUAUGGAGGAUCGCUUCUCUGCUGUUCUUGAUCUUCAAGGAGAUCCUAAGCAGGCUUUUUUUGGUAUUUUUGAUGGGCAUGGAGGUUCUAAAGCUGCUGAAUAUGCAGCAGAUAAAUUAGAUAAGAACAUUAUAGAAGAAAUAGCCAAGAGGGGUGAAGAACAAAUUGAGGAUGCAGUUAAACAUGGCUAUUUAAACACAGAUAGUCAGUUUCUAAAGGAAGAUGUAAGAGGAGGUUCAUGCUGUGUCACAGCCCUGAUUCGAAAGGGAAACCUUGUUGUAUCCAAUGUUGGUGAUUGUCGCUCUGUUAUGAGCAUAGGAGGUGUGGCUGAGGCCCUAACAUCUGAUCACCGCCCAUCUAGGGAAGACGAGAAGGAUAGAAUUGAGACCUUGGGUGGGUAUGUUGAUUUGAUCCAUGGGGUUUGGAGAGUUCAGGGAUCUUUGGCUGUAUCUAGAGGCAUUGGAGAUGGGCAUCUUAAACAGUGGGUGAUAGCUGAGCCUGACACAAAAAUUGUGAGGAUUAAACCUGAGCACGAGUUCUUGAUACUAGCUUCUGAUGGUUUAUGGGAUAAGGUUGGUAAUCAGGAAGCUAUAGAUAUUGCUCGCCCAUUGUGCAUAGGAGUGGAUAAGCCAGACCCAUUGUUGGCCUGUAAAAAGCUUGCUGAUAUCUCUGUUUCACGGGGCUGUACUGAUGAUAUCAGCGUGAUGUUGAUCCAAAUGGAGCGUUAUAUUUAAUUGUGUUGAAGUUAAGUAGAAAAAGUUAUUAGAAAUUCAGCUGACAAAUAUGUAGAUGCGAUCCGUAUUUCUACUGCUUGCUGUUAGUGUCUUUAAAAAAACCUUGCAAUGCUGGCCUGCCUUCUCUCUUUGCUAGUUACUCCCCGGUUGAAGUUGAAGGCUUAGAUGACAAAAAGUAUGCAGACAACUGAUUUAUAUUAAUUCUUUCAUUCUUUUAGAUCUUAUAAUUCAUUCUUCAGAGGAGCCUGAUAUAAAAUUAGUCUUUUUGCUAUUUAUGGGGAUUUUUACCCGUAAGGUAGCGACAUUGAUUUGUUCAUUCUAAAUAGAUUUGUGGAUUUAUAUUUUAUUCUUUGGAGGAAGAUUACUUGUAAAUCAGUUUACAUAAUAAAAUUGUUGAAGUAUGAUUAUGUUAGCUUCACUUUCAAA